AGUGAAAUGGAAUGAAUGGUCGCUUUGGAGGAGGAACGAAACAACAGUCCCAACAAUGGUGGCGGCGGUAGUGAACGGGGGGAACAUCUUAACCCAAAACAACGACAUCAGAUGAAGCAGCGAGAACUGUUCUUGUCGCGCCAAGUCGAAACACUUCCCGCCACCCAGAUACGGGGAAGGUGUUCCGUAACGCUGCUGAACGAAGAGGAAUCAUUGCUCAGUUACUUGAACAAAGACGACACGUUUUUUUACUGCCUCGUAUUCGAUCCGACUCAGAAAACGUUGCUAGCGGAUAAGGGUGAAAUUCGUGUCGGUGCUCGUUAUCAGACAGAUCUGCAGCAAAUGCUGAAACCAGGCGAAAAGGAUGAACGCAACCUAGAGGAAUUGGAGACGCUUGUUUGGACGCCGCAGCAUUCGCUUACCGACAAGAAGAUCGAUCAGUUUCUGGUAGUUUCGCGUUCGGUAGGCACCUUUGCGAGGGCGCUCGACUGUACCAGCUCUGUCAAGCAACCGUCCCUGCAUAUGUCCGCUGCAGCUGCAAGCCGUGAUAUUACCUUGUUUCAUGCUAUGGACACACUCCACAAACACAACUAUUCGAUAGAGACUGCAAUGUGUUCGCUGGUUCCAUCGAGUGGGCCUGUUCUUUGCCGGGACGAGAUGGAGGAAUGGAGCGCCUCUGAGGCGAACCUGUUCGAAGAUGCGCUCGAUAAGUACGGCAAGGACUUCAACGAUAUCAGAAACGACUUUCUGCCGUGGAAGACGUUAAAAAGCAUAGUGGAAUACUACUACAUGUGGAAAACGACGGAUCGCUACGUGCAGCAGAAACGUGUGAAGGCGGUCGAAGCGGAAUCCAAGUUGAAGCAGGUCUACAUUCCGAACUACACCAAACCGAGCCCGGCAUUGAUAACAAACAACAACAAGGGCAUAUUGAAUGGAAAUUCUAAUGGGGGCAGCGUGGACAUGAUGAUUUAUAGCAGUACCAAGGCAUGUGAAUCUUGUGCUACUAUGGCUUCGCCACAGUGGUACUCCUGGGGUCCAGUGCACCUCAACAAUCGGCUGUGUCAGAACUGUUGGACCUAUUGGAAGCGUUACGGAGGCCUUAAGGUUGCAUCUAGGCUAGCGGACAACGGGGAGGUCGAUCCGGUGGCCACGAUCAACACCAGUAGCAGCAAUGCUUCACCAGUUUCGCUGAAGAAGCGUAACACCGGGAGCGAUAUUGACGACGAUCUAACAAUAGUGGCUAGUUCCGGUCCUAUUGGAGGGCUUGGAGGUGCGACCGUGGCCACCGCAUCCCCGGGCGGUUUAAGUAACCAUCGACCGCACAGCCCUUCCUUUAAAUGUUCGAUUGUGAACUGUGGUAAGGAGUUUAAACUGAAGGCCCACCUCGCUAGGCACUACGCACAAGCACACGGCAUACAGAUACGAUCUGGUUCACCUCGGCCUAUAAUGAAAACUCGAACUGCAUUCUAUUUGCACACGACUCUAACGACGCGGUUGUCACGGCGGUUAUGUCGUCACAUAAUACGUUCGAAGAAGGCGGCCCGUCAACCGUCUUACGCGAUCAACAUUGCCAGCGUGAAGCAAGAGUUUGCUAACGCCGAAGCUGGGAAAAGUGCAUCGGACAUCCGUCGGUUGCUUACGUUCCGCAAGAAGGAUCGCGGCAGCGUGACACAGAUUGCAAACAGACUUGGAAACCCGGGCGUUAGUGUUAACGAAUGGUUGGUAUUGACACCGAAAGAAAACAUGCCCAAGCCAGAUGUGGUAGCUUUUCCGAAACCACCGAAAGCUCCGGACGGCACACUGUUGUACGACCGGAUACCAAAUAAGGGUGAAGAGGCUGGCAAGCCACCGAAUGCGGUCACCUCGCCGGCGGCGGGUAUUCUGGGUGGCGCAGCAACAAUUCCGGGAACGGUGGGUGGUGCGUUGAGCGGUAAAUUAGCUCCGUUGGUCGGGUCCGGGGGACUAGCGGUAACGCCGAUUGUAGUCAGUGGUACAAACAGCAACUCCGUUGGGACUGCUUGCUCUGCUGUGACUGGAAGCGGAAGCACGGGUAGUACAGGUGUGGCUACCGGGACGAUCGCUAAUAGUGGUAUGCCAGCGAUAAAUCUACAUGCAAGCGCUAUGUCGACUAGCAGUCCACCGCGCGGGCCGACCCCAACAGGGAGUUCAUCUGUGGCGACGUCAUUGAAACGACGUCCGUACGAAGAUGCAAAUGGUAUCGAUGCUACUGUGGCACCGCCGGCUAAGCGGCCUAACAAAGAUCCCAGACCGUCACAUCGGCCAACUCCCGAACAAUAUGCGGCUAUGAUUGCAGCUGCUCAAUCCGCUGGACAACCUCUUCCUCGACAUCAUAUGAAUGGAAAACCAAAAAUUGCCCAGAUGGCUCGAACUGGUUCGGGACGAAAACAGGUGAUCAGCUGGAACGAUGCUCCGGAUGAUGUGUUCUACCGUUCCACCAAAGCUGGGCGUAAACUACGGCGGGAAAUUCCAAUAGUAGAGUUGCGUCGUGCAGCACGAAAACCUUGGCGAAAUUUGCAUCCCAAGUACUCGACGAUCGUGGCAGCCCUCUUGCCAGUGGCGUCUGUGACACCUAGUCUGCCGGCGCAGCUCACAGCCCAGCUGGGUCACGCGGCACAACUAGCUGCGGCGAGUGCUGUACAACAUCCCACCUCAGCGAAUCUAAAUCUCAACCUAGCGGCGGCAGCAGCCCUGGCAGGAGUUCAUCCACUGUCAGCGGCCUCGACUCUUGCUCUCAGCGGAACGCUGGGAGCAACGGGAGGCACUGUUAUAUCGUCAGUGGGAGGCGUACCUUCACUGUCUGGAGGAUCCACCGGAACGUCGCUAGUGUCUUCCGGCGCGACUGGUCUAACGAACAGUAGCAGUAGUAACAACAAUAGUGGUAAUAGCAGCAGUAGCGGAGGUGGAGGUAGUGGUGCUAGUGUGGUCGCUACCGACAGCAAUAAAAAUGAUCUGCAGGUUGUAAUCUUAGACUGACCCGAACCGCCGAAGAACAUGCACUUUUCCCAGCAACAGCAUCACCACCAUCUUCAUCAGCAUCAUCACCAACAGCAACAGCAA